AUGGCAUUUGCCGGUGGUGGUAGUGGUAGUGGUGGUGAUUGGCCAAAUAUGAGGAGCUUUGCCGUGCAAAUCCUCAUCGGCCGGUGGUUCAUGGUGUUUGCCACCAUCCUCAUCAUGUCGGCAGCUGGUGCCACCUACAUGUUUGGCCUCUACUCCACUGAAAUAAAAUCCUCCCUUGGCUAUGACCAAACCACCCUCAACUUGCUCAGCUUCUUCAAGGACUUAGGCUCCAACGUUGGCAUCCUCUCCGGCCUAAUUAAUGAGGUAACACCGCCGUGGGUGGUGCUAUCCAUCGGCGCAGUCCUUAACUUCUUCGGCUACUUCAUGAUAUGGCUUGCAGUAUCAAAUAAAAUUUCAAAACCCCAAGUUUGGCACAUGUGUUUGUACAUAUGUAUUGGUGCAAAUUCUCAGUCUUUUGCCAACACUGGGGCCCUCGUCACUGCCGUGAAGAACUUCCCGGAGAGCCGGGGAGCGGUUUUAGGCCUUCUCAAGGGUUUUGUUGGCCUAAGUGGUGCAAUCAUUACUCAAAUCUACCAUGCAAUUUAUGGAAAUGACUCGAAAUCACUUAUUUUGCUCAUAGGUUGGCUGCCGGCCGCUAUAUCAUUUGCUUUUCUUCGAACAAUCAGGAUCUUGAAGGUUGUUCGCAUUCCACAUGAACUCAAAGUUUUCUACAGAUUUCUGUAUAUAUCUUUGGGUUUAGCUGGAUUUCUCAUGGUGAUUAUCAUACUCCAAAAAAAGUUCGAUUUUACGAGGAGUGAAUUUGGUAUUUGUGCAGCAACUGUUCUUAUUUUGCUGUUUCUCCCCGUUGCUGUUGUCAUAAAAGAAGAAAUUUAUAUCUGGAAGAAGAAAAAAGAAGAUUUGGGUGAUCUUUCAGUUUCACAGUUGAAGGUUGUGACAGAAAAACCACCAAACUCCGACUUGGCUGCUCCACCACCUCUGGCACCACCGGUUUCGCAAACACCACCAACAUCCAUCACCGCUGAUUCCAAACAAAACCCAGAAAUUUCUUGCUGGAAUGCUAAGAGUAUAUUCCGGCCACCGGACCGAGGGGAGGACUAUACAAUCCUACAAGCACUCUUUAGCAUAGACAUGUUAGUCUUAUUUUUCGCAACAAUUUGUGGGGUUGGGGGAACCUUAACAGCAAUAGACAAUUUAGGACAGAUUGGAUCAUCACUUGGCUAUCCUACAAAAAGUAUUAGCACAUUCGUGUCCCUAGUAAGCAUUUGGAACUACCUAGGUCGAGUAGUUUCAGGUUUCCUGUCUGAACAUUUCUUGACCAAAUACAAAUUCCCAAGACCCCUUAUGCUCACCUUAACCCUAGUAGUUUCAUGCAUAGGUCACUUGUUGAUUGCAUUUAAUGUCCCAAAUGGUCUCUAUGUUGCAUCUGUGAUCAUAGGAUUUUGCUUUGGAGCCCAAUGGCCGUUGCUUUUUGCGAUAAUUUCCGAGCUUUUUGGGCUCAAAUACUAUUCGACGCUAUACAACUUUGGAUCCGUGGCAAGUCCGAUUGGAUCAUAUUUGCUCAAUGUUAGGGUGGCUGGACAUUUGUAUGAUAAGGAAGCUGAGAAGCAAAUGCGGGUCAUGGGUCGUGUCAGGCAGCCCGGAGAGGACUUGAAUUGCAAUGGGGUGGAAUGCUUUAGACUGUCUUUCAUUAUUAUCACUGCAGUUACUGUUUUUGGUGCACUUGUUUCACUUCUUUUGGUGACAAGGACGAGGAAGUUUUACAAGAGUGAUAUCUACAAGAAAUUCCGGGCCGAGGCUGAGGCAGCCGAGACAGAAGUGGUGCCAUUGCCUGCAAAUAGCAAUGGCACUGCUCAAAGUACUAGUAAUAAGGGAUAG